AUGAAUGCAUUAGUCGGGCUCACUUAUGAUAUUUGGGACCCUGUGACUCACAAGACUGCAUGCUACUUUGAGCUAGAUAUGUAUGAUCUUCUUUGUACUGUGGCAUACAAGCCAGAUUUUAUAGAUGAGGAUGCUAUCAUGUCAGACAAGCAAAAGGCUCUUCCCCGGGAUGCAAAGGACCAGGAUUAUUAUUUCCGAAGUCUCGAGUUGAUUCCUGGCUUUCCAUUUUGGGAGUUCCAAGGUGCUUCCGCAAUCAAAGACAAUCCAGAUACUCCUAAUACAUUGCCUCACAAUGUGACCAAGAGGUUCCUUGAUUUUAUAAAGCGUGCACCACCAGAAAUCCGUACAAAUAUUUUUGCUCAAAUACCAAGCAAGAGAGUAGCGGAAGUCGAUGAUAUAGACUCAUUUGCGCAUGUCAAAAAAAGUCCCUAUCUUAUGCAAGAUUACUCUACUCUCUACAAUGAGCUACAAUUUGCCCCCGUCAAGUACUCCAUUCAAGUCACCAGUAAAGGAACUUUCAACGAGGAUGAACGUCUUGAAAUCCAAGAUGCGCAGGUAGAUAUUCCGCCAUUUAACUGGUGUUUCGAGAGAUCUUUCGCGGUGCACACAGACAUAACUUGCAGUAAAGACAAGGAAAAGACAAUGGGCAUCGUUUAUAUCGAGAAUGACUAUCCAAAUUGCUUUGCUCGGUCUCAUGUCGAUUUCAUCAAAUUUGCUGCCUCUCUAGCGCAUUCGGAAGGCUUCUACUUUGAAAAAGAUUCAGUCGACAGCAAUGCAGGCAUUUGGAAGAGCGAGAUCAGGAAAUCAAGCCUGUUGAGGGAAUUCUUAGCAUGGUUUUGGAAAAAGUUUGGUGUUAACUUUACCAAUGAACUGGAGGCUAGUUUCUCAUGGUCAAAAGUUAACCAUGCAAAAUUUCGUUACCUUCAAAACAUCUCUCUCGACAUCCUCGUCAUGGAGCCGCUCACCCACACCCGAAAAUAUGUCGACGGCCGUCGCGUAAAGCUUUUCCUCAAAGAAUUGCACAAUUUUCCCAACAUCGAGUCGCUCGCCGUAUUCCUACAAAUAGAGGAUACAGAUUUGGCAGAUUUGAUACACAGUCCCGGUGCUUAUAGGUGGGCAAAUGCGUUGAGAGAAAUCACUUUUGCGAAAUACUUUGAUGUGCAGUUUCAGAUACUGAACGGGAUGUUGCCGAAAGGACCGAGUUGCCAUGCUGUGUAUCGGAGGAGAUUGAGACAGUUGUUGAUGCCAGAAUGCUUGUGCUAUGGAACUACGGAUGAUGUACCGGAUCAUCUGGGGAUUCGCGAAAUGUUCGCUAUGGAGGAAUAG